AUGGCGUCAAACCAGUAUGCCUUGCUCGACGAUGCAGAGGAGAACGAGCUCCAUCACCAACGCCUUCUUCCUCUCGAGACGCGCCCGUUCCUGCGCCUGACCAAACGCCUGCUCGCCCCCGGCUCCCUCACAAAUCCAAACAUCUUCAAGCUGCCGACACCUCCACCCGACAAUGCCGCAGAAGAAAAGGCCGAAGAUGCGGCACCGCCGAAACCCGAAAAGCUGGCGGCCGAUCUCCGGGAGCUGCGAGAGGACGUCCUGUUUGACUUCCAGGCCUUUGACGUGGUGAUUGACCGGUUGCAAUUCCUAGCGACGCAGAACGCGGCGGAGCGGGAGCGCUACGCCCACGACCGGGGCCGGAUCCUCGACACGAUGGAGUCGGUGCGGCAGUCCAACGCGGCGCUGCGGGCGCAGCUCGACGAGGCGCGGGCGACGCUGGCGCAGCGCAAGAAGUUCGACGAGCUCGCCGACAAGAUCACGGGGAACCGCAUGCUGCGGCCCCGCGAGGAGCAGCGCGCCAACAUCGACAAGCUGACCGAGGAGUGCGAGGAGCUCCAGCGCGAGAGCGAGACGUAUGGUGGAACUUGGCGCGAGCGCAAGGAGCAGUUUGACAAGCUGGUCGACGAGGGCGUCAACCUGCGCAAGAUGAUCCGCGACGAGCAGGAAGAGGUCGAGAGAAGGGAGGGCAUGGAUGAGGAUGCCGGCGAGGACGAUGGUGCGGCUGCCGAUACGCCUGCCAAGGGAAGCCAGAGCGGUAAUGCCACUCCGGCACCACGCAGCGAGGGAGGUGCCACGCCAUUGCGUCCUGGCAGCAGUAGUGGUCGAACACCGGCACCCGAGGACGGUUCAAAUGCUGCCGGUGACAGCCUGAAGCCCAAGCCAGAGCCGUCGGGCACUUUCUCCAUGGGAGCAAGCCAGGCACCGACACCGAGGGCCGACAGUGUGGCAGGCACACCAGCUGCGGACAGCCAGGCUGCCAAGGACGAGCCGGAAGAUGGUGAGGAUAUCGAGAUGGGCGAUUCGGCACAGGCUGGUGAUACACCGAUGGCAGAGGGCAACACCGAGGACACUCGCGAUGCGCCAACACCACGGAUCACUGUGGAUGCUCCGGCUGGCAAUGACGACAAGAUGGACACUACAUGA